GGCGCAGCGACCUGUCAAUACUCCGGGGCCGAGAGUACGUACAUACACAUACGUGCAUUACUCGCUCUCUCGCUCUCUGUUCGUGCGAGUCUCUGCUGCAUGCGCUACUCCGCUCGUUCGCAUUGUAUAGGCAUCGGUGCUGCUGGUGCAGACACUGCUUCGGUAGCUAGCUGCAUUAUAAUACGCGAGCAGUAUAGCGACAAAGAAAGACCGCGCGCGAGGACAAAUGGAAUCCUUGAGCGAUUCAAGAGCGCCGUAGAAGAAAAAAAGAGCCAUCGACCGUCGUCGUCGUCGUACUGUUUAGAGCUGUGUGCGGCUCGACGGCAGCAGGACGCGCAGGACAAGUGCCCGAGGAAGAGCCUGUAAAAGGGAAUGCACUCGAAGUAAAAUGGUGUCUUCGUGCGAAGGAGCUACGGCCCGACUCGAGCUCGUCUCUUCGCAGGGCAGCUCGAGCGCGGCCCAGCAUCAUCAUGGUCAUCGGCUUCAAAACAUCAGCGUCAGCAGCAGCAGCAGCGGUAUAAGGUCAUUGUCCCGCUCGAGGCAGCUGCAGCAUCCGCAGGUACAGUUCGUCGAGCAGUUCGUCAGCGACGUCGUGGACUUCAGCUCGCAGUACGGCAACAACAGCAACAUCUCGUACACGGCUUACAACAUCGCCGGCAAUCCGAGCAAGUUCCCGGAUUACGGCGACUUUCCGCAGGCUUUCGUCAUGCGUACGUACGGCAAGUGGUGGGAUCGAGCACCUUCCAAAUGUCUGGACUACAUGCCACAGAACAAUGGUCCGGUAGUUAGUCAUGAUUACAUAGAUUUAUCCUUCUCUAAAGAUGUUUAUCCGGUGAGAAUAUCCAUCUACGAGACUUACAAUCCCGGAAGUGUCGUAGCUAUUUGGGCUAGAGACGAGGAUGGGAGAUGGACGAAAUUAUGGAACGGACCACCACAGGUUGUGCCUCACAAGCCCAGAAUAUUUUCUCCGCCUCUGCAGCAGAUCAAUUUCAAGACGAAAAUAUUGAGAUUGGAGUUCAAUCAUAGUCUACUGGAUUAUUAUACAGAAUUGGAUGCUGUUCAGCUCAUAGGUACGACAGAAUUGAUUGUGCCUAAUUUAGGGCCGCGGCCCAAGAGCUUAACUGGAUUAUUAAGAGAAUUAGGGGAUACUAGACCAAAUGAUGGAGAUUCAUACAAUUUGACUCCCAAUUAUUUCAAGUGUCACCAUGACUUACAUUUACUGAAAAGUUCAUUGCAUAAGUAUUGGGAUCCUUGUAAAAGUAAAAAUAUUGAAAGAGUUCCUAAAGGAAGAUUGGUAACAAAACUAGGUUUACACUGCCAUCACAUUCCACCGUACUUGGAGGCUUACAAUUCGUUACAUAAAUUACUCGAAGAUUUUCCGAAAAUUAUUGAAGACAUGAAUAAUUCAUGUUCAAAAAGUCAAAUUUUAUCAGAGACUGAUUUAAAUGUCAACGACAAUAUAUCCAGUAGUUUUGCCGCUUUACCGGAUGAAACUAUACUUAAAAUUUUCAAAUAUUUAGAUAUAAGGUCGCUCUGUCGUGUGAGUCAAGUCAAUCGUCAUUUCAAUAAUAUCUCUCGCGAUUGUCUAUUGUACAGAAGUCUGAACCUGAAACCCUACUGGCACUGCAUCGAUGCGUCAGUUUUAAACAAUUUUAUAUCCAAAUGUCAGUAUUUACAAAGAUUGGAUUUGUCUUGGUGUGGAAAUUAUGACAUGAUCAGCUCCGAUAAUUUCAUCGCAUUUCUCCAGAGCAGCGGAAAUUCGCUUACUCAUUUAAGACUGAACUGCUGCAAAUUCGUAAAUGAUGCAGUGAUUGAAAAAAUUUCGUCAAUUUGUAAAAAUCUUAAAGAACUCAAGUUACGAAACUGUACAACCAUAAGCAAUAACGGUUUCAUGCUAUUAGAAAAUUUAGAAAAUCUAGAGAUACUAGACUUGUAUAGAACGAUGAUAGAAACUGAUAAAUUGUGCGCAAUUCUCAGAAAAAAUACUCGAUUGAAGCAUUUGAAUUUAGCCGGUAUGCACGAUUGUUUGAACAUGGAUGAAGUAGCCACCGAAAUAGCCGCUUCUUGUUUAAAUUUGGAAAGCAUUGAUUGUUGGAAAGCUCAAACUUUGACGGUCAAUGGUUUGAGAGCUUUAACGAAUUGCUCUAAUUUGAGAGAAGUUGAUUUUGGAUGGUGCACUGGGAUUGGACCUUUAGGUGACUCAUUGAGAGUAUUUCUAGGCUCAUGUAAAAAAUUAGAAAAAGUUUUUUUAACGUCAUUCCGUGGGCUGACGGAUCGUGAUCUCGAGCCACUACUGUUUUGCCGAAAUUUGCAACAACUCGAUCUUGUUGGGGCAAGAUUCUUAAGUCCAGAGUUUUGUAUAAAACUACUUUGUUAUCUACAGUUACAAAUGAUAGACUUGAGUUUUUGUGAUGGUAUAAGCGAUUCGAAAAUUAAUGAAUGGCGGAAAUUGUAUCCGCAUGUUUCAAUAAAAAGAAAUUUUACAUCUAAUAGAUGAUGAUUUGUAAAAAAAGUGUGAUGUAUUUUUAAGACAUGGUGUGUCAAUUGAAAAUUUCAACCGCGUUGAAGUAAAUUAUGUGAUUAAAAAUGUGAAAUUUCACAAAAAUUCAUUGCUCUUGUUCCUUUCUAAUAGAUGUAAUUGUGGUUGUAAAAAAUAAUUUUUUCUCUUCAUGAAAAGAACAAUGAGUGAUUAAAGACUGCAGCUAGUAUAAGAUGCAACUAUUUUUUGUUUUUUUAAGUUUUAGUAACCCAGUGAUUACAAACCUAUAAAUCAAUCUACUGUAUUCAUUAUUUAUGUAUGAAGUCAGAGUAAACCAGGAAAAAUAAAGAAUUUGUUG